ACUUUGUCCCUCGCUUGAUACUGCUCAGAGAUUGAUACAGGCCGUCUGAGGUAGAAGGGAAUCUUCGACAAUGGCAGAUCUCUUGGCCGAGGCUACACAGGAACCUACCGCGCAAGAUGGCCGCAGACGGAAUCGGGUCGUAGAAUCCUCUGAUGAGGAUGAUGAUCAACCUCAGUCUAAGCGGAGUAAAAGACGAAGAGCAGCUAGGGACGCCGAGAACGAGGAAGAACAUGAAGAACAGGAAGAAGGGGAACAUGAGGACGGCGGACAAGAAGCGUUGGACGAUCUGAAUGGUUGGACCAUAGCCACCUUCGCUGACAAGCCGGUCGGCAAUUCCUCGUAUACACACAAAGCUCUCGAUGCCCAGAGGAGCCAGAUCAAGAUGACUAUAGACACCUUGGAAUUACACGUCAAGACCCUCAUCGAAGUUGGGAUCGCUAUCGAGGACGCACGGGUCACAAAGAAGGGCGGAUCGAACGGAGCAGAAGAGCAGCAAAGUCAGAUGAUGUUUGAGGGAAUCGACGACCAGGUCAAGAAAAGCCUAGAUCAUAUCAACCUUCUUAAGAUCGAAGACGUUGUGUUGAAAGCGAUCACAGAGAAGGUGAAAGAUGAUGGGCAGAUCGACGAUAUCAAGGAAUACUAUAAACAGCAAUGCGAGCAACGCCGGGAGAAGUAUAUGGCUCAGUCUGAAUGGAGCAAGUUCAAGAGCGAUGAGCUGUAUUGCGAGUUCCGCAGCUCGACGUGGGACGUCAACAACCACGAUCGACCUCAGCCGUUGAUGUCAGACAUCCUCGAUAAGGGAGACGACGAAGACGACUCGGACAUCGAGACGGGACAGGCGACCCAGAGUUACAAAUGUCCUCUCACGAUGGUCGAUUUCAAAGACGCUCAUACCAGUCGAUCAUGCAAACAUACCUAUGAAGGUUACGCGAUCAAGGAGCACAUCUUGUCAGCCCCUGGAAACGCUAGGGAUGUCGACAAGGCUACCGUAUGCCCAAUCUCGGGUUGCAACCAGAUGCUCAAGCUGGCAGAUAUCUUCCCCAACCAUGCAUUCCAAAAGAAGGUCGACAGACACCUUGCGCGACAGGAGGAGAGAGGCCAGGAGAUAGCUGGGGAUCGGACGGUCCACGAGAUCAUCUAGACCUCAAGGUCUGCUGACACUUACUUCAAACACUUACUUCAAUUUGACGACCCUUUUGACGACUCUUUUCUGAGAUUGCAAGUUUAUCUCCACAUCAUGAUGACCCAUCACCAGUCGAUGUAUACCAAAUAACGAAAU